AUGAGAACGCAACUCGCUAGUGUGGCUCGCGGGCUACUGCGUCAGCCUCCUGUCAGUGCUCCUGCAAGAACCUUCUGCUCCGCAUCUGCACCCGCUCUGAGCUCGCGAAGCCGAACCUGGGCCAAGCAGCAGCCAGUGGCACGAACCAGUCUCAAGGACCUGCAUCCAUUUCCCGAGUCGAUGCGUGAGCAACUCGAGAACGCUGAUGCACCGCAAGAGCCCUACACUGCAACCGGAAACUCCAACGACCCAGCUGUUCAUUCGAGUCGACCCGCAUCUCAACCUGCCGAGGUCGAUGUCAAACCGAGUGUCGCUGCUCCGGGCAUCGUCAAGGGAUCAUCCAGCAAUGGUUCGCCUUCAAGCUCAUCCAAUGGACCAUUGUCGUCUUCGGCUGCCACAUCAGCACCUUCAAGUAACGUUUCAGAGGAAUGGGGCACCAGCUUUGCAGGCCUGGGCGAAUGCUCUUUCAGCAAAGAGGCUGCGGAAGUACUCAUGGCACCCGUCAACGAGGCUGAUGUAGAGAUCAAGCCUGAUGGGCUCAUUUACCUGCCAGAGAUCAAGUAUCGCCGUAUCUUGAACAGAGCUUUCGGACCUGGUGGCUGGGGUAUGGCACCGCGAAGCGAGACCAACGUCGGUCAAGGCAUUGUGAGCCGUGAAUGGGUGCUCAUCUGCCGAGGACGCUUCGUGGCUACUGCACGAGGCGAGCAAGAGUUUUACAAGCCAUCCGGUGUUCCAACAGCAUCUGAGGGAGCCAAGUCGAAUGCAUUGAUGCGAUGCUGCAAGGACUUGGGUAUCUCAUCCGAGCUUUGGGAUCCUCGCUUCAUUCGACAGUUCCGUAAGAAGUACUGUGUUGAGGUUUGGGCUCAAGACACCGCGGGCAAGAAGAAGAAGCUCUGGCGACGUAAGGAUGACCCUCCCUUCGAAUACCCCUGGAAGGAGACUGGUAUGGCUUGA